AUGCCAUUCCUCAAGCUGCAAGACCGGGACAGGCAGCUAUACUACACUUGGAGUGCGCCUCCAACUGCAGCCUCAUCGUCCGAUAAAAUAACUACCGUCAUUCUCAUCCACGGCUUGGGCUCAUCGAGCUCAUAUUAUGCUCCAGUCAUUCCAAAACUUGUAGAUGCAGGAUACACCUGCCUGGCACUUGACUCCCAUGGCGCCGCCUUAACCCCAUUGACCGGUGAAGGUGGCAGUCUUGAUACUAUCAUUGAUGAUAUUGGUGCCGCCGUAUCAGCUCUUGAUAUCUCUCCCAGUCGCACCGUUAUAGUGGGCCACUCUAUGGGCGGAAUCGUUGCUCCUGAAGCCGCUCUUCGCUAUCAAUUUGCUGGUACCGUUCUUUUGGGGCCAGUUUACCCAAAUGCGGCUCUUACCAAAGUUCUUCAAGACAGAAUUACAAAAGUCCAACAGAAUGGAAUGGAUAGCUUAGCAGAUAUCAUCCCUAUAGUCGGAACAGCAUCUUCAUCUACACCGCUGCAACGCGCUUUCAUCCGCACUCUUCUCCUAUCUCAAACUCCUGAAGGAUAUAUUGCAAACUGCAAAGCAAUCGCAUCAGCCUCAGUUCCAGAUUACGCGAGCAUCGGCACCCCACUCCUACUCAUCAACGGCGCUGAAGACUUUGUUUGCCCAAUUGAGCUCUCACAAAAAGUAUAUGACAGCUGGGGCUCAAAAGAUAAGAAACUACAAAUACUCGAUAGAACUGGCCACUGGUACUGUAUUGAAUCGCCAGAGCACGUUGGGACUGCUAUUGUUCAAUUUGUGAAUGGUAUCAAAACUGCAUAAUCUUCUUCUGUCAAGUAUAGCUCAAGAACUGUGUAUGGAGGUGUCUAAAUAUGCUUCAUUCAUAAAUAAAGAACAUGAUUCAAU